GCGGCGGGAGCGGCGGGAGCGCCCCUUCCUCCCCUUCCUCCCCUGCCGCCCUCCGUCCCUCGCUCCCGGCGGCUCCCGGCGUGCGAGCAUGGAGCUGUUCCAAGCCAAGGACCACUACAUCCUGCAGAGCGGGGAGCGGGCGCUGUGGUGCAGCCGGAGGGACGGCAGCCUGCAGCUGCGAGCCGCCACUGAUCUUCUUUUGGCUUGGAAUCCCAUUUGUCUGGGCCUGGUAGAGGGAGUCAUUGGGAAAGUCCAGCUUCACACAGAUUUACCAUGGUGGCUGCUUUUAAUUCGUCAGAAAGCAUUGAUUGGCAAACUUCCAGGAGAUCACGAGGUUUGCAAAAUAACCAAGAUUGCAGUGAUUCCACUUUCUGAGACAGAACCUCAGGAUCUGGAACUGGAGCUUUGUAAAAAGCACCAUUUCGGGAUAAACAAGCCAGAGAAGAUAACACAGUCCCCAGAUGACACAAAAUUCCUGCUGAAGACUCUUACUCAAAUUAAAUCUAAUGUGUCUGCUCCAAAUAAAAAGAAGAUUAGAGAAAGCAAAGAGAAAGAGAGACUGGAGAAGAGAUUAUUGGAGGAGUUGUUCAAAAUGUUCAUGGAUUCAGACUCCUUUUACUACAGCCUGAGCUAUGACCUGACAAAUUCUGUGCAGAGGCAGAGCACCUGUGAGAAAACCAACCUACCCCUGUGGCGAAAAGUGGAUGACAGAUUCUUUUGGAACAAGCACAUGAUUGAAGAUCUCAUCAGCACUGAUAAUGCUGAAGUGGACUUCUGGAUUAUCCCCAUCAUUCAAGGAUUUGUGCAAAUUGAAGAACUUGUAGUAAACUAUAAUGAAUCUUCUGAUGAUGAUAAGAGCAGUCCUGAAACUCCUCCUCAGGAAUCAUCUUGUGUAGAUGACAUCCACCCAACCUUUCUGGUGGCACUUAUCUCCCGCCGGAGCCGGCACAGAGCGGGAAUGCGGUAUAAGCGGAGAGGUGUUGAUAAAAAUGGAAACGUGGCAAAUUAUGUUGAGACAGAGCAACUGAUCCAUGUCCAUAAUCACACCCUUUCCUAUAUCCAAACACGAGGCUCUGUGCCUGUUUUCUGGAGCCAAGUUGGAUACAGAUAUAACCCACGGCCCCGGCUGGACAAGAGUGAAAAUGAAACCGUGUCCUGUUUUCGUGCACACUUUGAAGAACAGCUGAAAAAUUACAAAAAGCAGGUUAUUAUUAACUUGGUGGAUCAGACAGGCAGAGAGAAGAUUAUUGGAGAUGCUUACCUUAAACAAGUUCUUCUCUACAACAAUGCAAAUCUGACUUAUGUUUCAUUUGACUUCCAUGAGCACUGCCGAGGAAUGAAGUUUGAAAAUGUUCAAACACUGACUGAUGCCAUUCAUGAUAUUAUUCUUGACAUGAAGUGGUGCUGGGUUGACCAAGCUGGAGUGAUCUGUAAGCAGGAGGGAAUUUUCCGGGUUAACUGCAUGGACUGCCUGGAUCGGACCAACGUUGUGCAGGCUGCUAUUGCCAGAGUGGUCAUGGAGCAGCAGCUCAAAAAACUGGGUGUGAUGCCACCAGAGCAGCCUCUGCCAGUGAAAUGCAACAGGAUCUACCAGAUCAUGUGGGCCAACAACGGCGAUGCCAUAAGCCGGCAGUACGCGGGCACGGCAGCCUUGAAGGGUGACUUCACAAGGACUGGUGAAAGAAAGCUGGCAGGGGUGAUGAAGGAUGGAGUGAACUCUGCAAACAGAUACUACCUGAAUCGUUUCAGGGAUGCUUACAGGCAAGCAGUCAUAGAUUUGAUGCAGGGUAUCCCUGUGACAGAGGACCUGUACUCCAUAUUUACAAAAGAGAAGGAGCACGAAGCGCUGCACAAGGAGAACCUGAGGAGCCACCAGGAACUGAUCAGCCAGCUGCUGCAGAGCUACAUGAAACUGCUCUUGCCAGAUGAUGAAAAAUUCCAUGGAGGGUGGGCACUCAUUGACUGUGAUCCAAGUCUCAUCGAUGCCACUCACAAGGAUGUGGAUGUGCUGCUUUUACUUUCAAAUUCUGCCUAUUAUGUGGCCUAUUACGAUGAUGAAAUCGACAAAGUGAAUCAGUACCAAAGGUUAAGUCUUGAAGCUCUGGAAAAAAUAGAAAUAGGGCCUGAGCCUACUCUCUUUGGCAAACCCAAGUUCUCCUGCAUGAGGCUGCAUUACAAAUACAAAGAAAUGAGUGGAUAUUUUCAUACACUCAGGGCUGUGGCUCGCAGCCCAGAAGAAGAUGGAAAAGACACUCUUCAGUGCAUUGCAGAAAUGCUGAGAAUCACAAAGCAAGCGAUGGGAAUGGAUGUGCCCAUUAUUGAGAAGAAGCUGGAGAGGAGGAGCAGCAAACCUCAUGAAGACAUCAUUGGCAUUCGGUCUCAGAACAGAGGGUCCCUGGCCCAAGGCAAGAAUUAUUUACUGAGCAAGUUCUCCUCCCUCAAUCAAAAGGUGAAACAAACCAAAUCCAACGUGAACAUCAGCAACCUUCGGAAGCUGGGCAGCUUUGCCAAACCUGAAGUGAAAGUCAAUUUUUUAAAGCCAAAUUUGAAAGUGAAUCUUUGGAAGUCAGACAGCAGCCUUGAAACUCUGGAGAAUCCAGGGGUAGAUCCCAAAGCCCCUAGUGAAUCUGACACAGAAGCCUCAGACAAUGACUCGUUCCACUCCGAUGACUUCCUGAGCAACUCCAAGUCGGAUGAGGAGGCGCAGCUGGCGGAUUCCCUGGAGAACAUUGGCCCCACGGACUACGUGCUGCCCAGCUGCGGCAUCAUCGCCUCGGCGCCGCGCCUGGGCAGCCGCUCGCAGUCCCUCAGCAGCACCGACAUGAGCAUCAGCAUUCCCGUGCCGGCCGAGGGCCAGGACGUUGCCAUGCCUUCUGCUGACAGCGCAGAGCUGGAGUUUGCUAAGCCCAUGGAUGUGUACUGCCAGAGGUUCGUGCAGGACGCCCAGAGCAAGGGGUGUGAUGUGCUGGAGCCUGAGGCUGGUUCUCAAGAGCCCAGUCACACACCGACCCAAACCAGCAGGAGCGCGGCCAAGAAGGCAGAACCCAAGGCUGAAGCUGUUGCAGACAUUCCUUCCAGGCCAUCAAAGCUGGAUGUUCAGUCUUCAGAGCCAAAUCCUCAGCUCUUGGCUGUCGGUGGGCCCGACUUGAGUAAAUCCCACAGGAGCCCAGGAUCUGUGUCUGGGAACCACGAGCCAGGACUCCACACCACUCCUUCCCCUGCUGACGGCAGCAGCAGCAGGGCCGUGUCUCCCUUCGCUAAAAUCCGCAGCUCCAUGGUCCAGGUUGCCAACAUCACCCAGGCAGGAUUGACUCAAGGGAUUAAUUUUGCUGUGGCAAAGGUCCAAAAGAGCCCUGCGGAACCAGAAGCUUUAAAUGAAAUCAAACAAAAAGAACUGAGAGAAAUGUUUACUCAAUGCCAGACACGAAUAAUUCAGAUCUAGUUGCUCAUUUGGGAAGUGUUCUUCUAGCUGUGGCUUCUAAUAAAAUAACACAAUGACAUCAGGACUAUUGUGGCAUGAACUGCUACUGGAUACUGGGAUUGAUAACAGGUAAUUUGUUUACAAGCAGUGAGAGAUGCAAAUGAAUUUGGUUCUGACCAAGCUUCAGAAUUCCCUCAGGCAGGUGAGACAGAACCUGUAUAAACCAUAUUUAAACAGGUAGCUUAGACACUGGGAUUCAAUAAGCAUGCUGUCUUAGAUGUGUUGCACAGUUAUUUUUUUGAGACUAAUUUUGUAGCUCUUCUGAAUUAUGUAGAAAGUAUUUAUACUCAAAGGAUGAUACUGCACUUCUCUGACCUUACUUACCUUGCACUACACCAGCAAAACAAAGUACCGGUAAAUUACAUUUUAUUUAUUUUUGGACUAGUAUUUUUACUUGUUUUCAAUGAAGUUCUAGAUGCAGCUGUCUAUGAAUUGUGCCUCUACAAUGGGAACCGAUGUGUUUUUGUUGAAUUUAAGUAUGUUAACCAGAAAGAUUUCUUUGCUAUCCUUUUCUUUCCAGACAUCCUGGGACACUUUCAUUAUAGAUAAAACUUAGAGAUGCAAUCUGAAAUACCCACAGUCCUGCAGUGCAAAUUUCUUCUGUAGAAUGGUUUUUUUCCUCACUUGUUUUGAGGUGAGGGGAAAUGAAGCAAAUGUCUUUGAAUUGUCUUGCCCAUAUUAAAGCAAUUCCUUUUUUUUUUUUUUUUUAAUUCCAAACUGCCCAUUUGCUCUAAUUUUUUCUCUCUGUAAAGCAAGAUGAGCCAGAUACCUGCCCAUCAGGCACUGUGUCCCUCUGUGCUAGGAUUCUCUUCAAGGAUGAAAAAUGAUGCAAAAUCCCAACUAACAUCUAAAGCAGAAGGCCAGUGCACUGCUUUGUAAGAUCAGGGUUGCAUUAGAGCAUAGCUGUCAGCAUCUAUUCAAGACCAAAUUCCUGACCAGCUCCAGCUUUGCAGCUUGCAGGGUGAAGCAUCUGCUCAUGCUGGGAACUGGAUAAAAAAUCCCCUUCGCUCUGUGUGUCAAAGGAUUACAUCUGUUAAAUCCUCCUUCCCAGGAAUGCCUUGCCAUGCCAUUCCAGGCUAGGACAUUGUCCAGAAGCUGCUGUGAAGCAGGACCUUCCUGUGCUGUGGUUUGUGACUGUAAGCACCCUGCCAGACCCAGUGCCUCUGUCCUGUCCCUGUACUGUAGAUAGGCUGCACGUGGUGUCCCCACAACGUCGUGUCCUGGGCUAGGCUAGCUCUGUGUCUUAGGACCUGUACUGUGUCUGAAAUCAUUUAUCACCUGAAACUUUGAUAAACAAAUUUGGUUUAUUUAUUUUAUUAAAGUGAUGUGGGUUUGGGUUUUUGUUCUUUUUUUUGAGUGUCUAUACUUGUGGCUAUAUUUAAAAUUAAACUACUGCUGUAUUUUAAUGUGAGCAAUAUACAUGAGAUAUUUUAAUAAAAAAGUGGAAUCAAAAGAUGGGUUUGGUAUGUGACGUUAAGGGAUGUGGGACUGCAGGGCUUUGGGUUUUUUUUUCAAAAUUACAGACACAAUCCUCUGGUAGUCAAGGGACACAGCCAUGACUUCAGUUCUUUAUCCUCUUAGAAUGGUGCUGCUUUUCUAGGCAACUUGUGCCAGGGCCUCACCACCCUCACAGGGAAGAGUUUAUUCAUAUUUUAUCUAAAUCUAUCUGUUAGUUUGAAGUCAUCACCCCUUGUCCUGUCCCUCUCCAGCUGAAUGUCCGUCCAGCUUGGGAACUGUCCCAUCCCUGGCUAUGAAAUACUGGAAAUGGCAAUGGGCACAAAACCAUCCCCUGAGGCAAUCUUAGAACCCAACCCUGCAUUCCAGCCCAGCUGCCUUUUGAAGAGACCUAAUUUCCUUCCUCAUUUGUUCAGUUGCUUCACUUCACAGUAAUGCAGCACAAGUCAGAUGAACCAUGAAUAUUCAUUUUUAGUGUUCAAAAAAAAAAAAAAACAAAAAGCUCUAAGUGAUUUGAAACGGCACCAAACUUGGCUCAAGUUUAGGAU